ACCCCAGCUGAGCCGAGCAGGACCCUCUGAGACUGAGAGCAGGCACCGGACAGACCACCGGAGGAGUCUGCAUGCAGGUAUGAAGUCUUUACGCUGGAGUCUCUGGUGCUGCGCCUCACUGCUGCUCUCUGAUGUACUAGCCACAUACCACCUCAGUGCGGGGGAGCAUCAGCUGAUAGCCGCACAAAGCUACGCACAAACCAGAAAUAAUGGCCGACCCCCGAUCCGGACCCUGAAUCCAGCAAAGACAGACUCUCAGUGCAGGAGCCGUCCCCUGGAUCUGGUCUUCAUCAUUGACAGCUCUCGCAGCGUGCGUCCUGGUGAGUUUGAGAAGGUGAAAAUAUUCCUGGCUGACAUGGUCGACACGUUGGACGUGGGCACAGACGCCACCAGAGUGGCUGUGGUCAACUAUGCCAGCAAGGUCAAGAUCGAGUUCCAGCUCAAAGACCACAUCAACAAACUCAACAUAAAGAAAGCCAUCUCCCGCAUCGAUCCCUUGGCCUCCGGCACCAUGACAGGCCUCGCCAUCAAGAGUGCAAUGAAUGAAGCCUUCACCGAGCAGUCUGGAGCCCGACCUCGCUCCAGGAACAUCUCCAAGGUGGCCAUCAUUGUGACAGACGGUAGACCUCAAGACCAGGUGGAGGAAGUGUCUGCUGCAGCUCGGGCCGCAGGCAUUGAGAUCUACGCUGUUGGGGUGGACCGUGCCGACAUGCGCUCCCUGCAACUGAUGGCAAGCAUCCCUUUGGAGGACCACGUCUUCUAUGUGGAGACCUACGGCGUUAUCGAGAAGCUCACCUCCAAGUUCAGGGAGACCCUGUGCGGUCUGGACCCCUGUGCCAUUGGACAUGAGUGCGAACACAUAUGUGUCAACAGCAACGCCUCCUAUUACUGCAAGUGCAGGAACGGUUAUAUCUUGAAUGCUGACACGAAAACAUGUUCCCUGAAACAGGUGAAGGUGGAGGUGGUGGAGGAUCCUUGUAAAUGUGAAGCCAGGCUGGUUUUCCAGAAGCAGACACAGGCCGCCAUCCAGGAGCUCACAGCCAAGCAUAUCCUUCCUGUUGUUUCAGAUGGAAGUCAUCUUGUUAUAAACAUUCUCUGUAACACAUUUCACUGA